CCUCUGAAUCACUUUGAUCAGCCGUGUCAUCGAGUACGGCUGUGACUAAACACUUCUAGGAACUUUUUUUGGAUGAUGGGCGUAAACUUUGUACUGCAGAACAUUUGGCAGAGAAUCGAGUUUACAAAAAUUUUCCAUGUCAUGUGUACUGAAAAUAUAGUUUUGGUCUCCAAAUCUGGAAUGCAUAGUCAUGUAAUGGUGAAGCACUGGAUCUCUGAUGCUAUCUUUGGAAAUAAACAAUUUUCAUGACUACCAAUUAGCAGCAAGAAAGCUGUAAGACUGAAAAUACCACACACUCGCCCACACACCAUCAGCUUUUAAAAGUUCAAAAUGCCUUUGAAAUUGAACUUAAUGACAUGACGUAGGACAAGGCACAUGUUAUGAUUUCAGCAUGCAGUUUGCAUGAUGCAAAUUGGUGCUCAUACGCUUCCACUACUUGUUAGCUAUGUUAUCCUUGUAAACAAUUAUGUAAAUCUUGCUACUAUACCUACCAUAAUUAUACUACAGUACUAUUGAAUUCUCAGUUCUGAUUGGUCAGAAAGUAGUGAUUAAUUUUCUGUGACAGCAGCUCUGACAAUAGUUUUGAGUGUAAUUCAAAUCACAGAUUACCAUUUCUAUAGUAACAACUAAUUCAUAGUAUUGUGGAUGCACCAAAUAAGAAUAAAAGAUUAUGCAAUUGUUGGUAUGUUUACGUUUUCUGUGAGGAGGCAUUUAUUUAACAUUAAUGGAAGGAGCAUCCAGUGUCAGCUCCAAUAAAAGGACGGUAAAAGAUGACGUGAAGCUCACAGACACCUACCUACAAAUACAGCAGUGGCAAUGACGAACCGUAAAACAAAACAUGCUAAUGGGGAAAUGGAAAGUAAAAAAAACAUCAAGGUUAUUUUUUCUUAAUUUUUAUGUUUAUGUGACCCCAUUUCAGCACAAGUCUGGAUCACGCUGGCUGAUGACAUAACAGAAUAUAGAAAUUUCCUUUAAUCACAGGUCUAUCGUUAGAGGAUCUUAUAUAGUAUAAUCUGACAUGAAGAAUGGGCUGUUAUAGAAGAUUUGACUGGGAUCAUCUCUUACAAUGUGACUAGCGUAAAACUGGAUUUCGAUCAUUUCAAAUCUCACGCUGAGAUUUUAAUAAAGAAUCUGUAACACAGCAAGAAUGUCAUCAGAUGACUUUGGUUGCAAUGGCACUAAAUUGCCGGUGAUGUGAAUGUCAUGUUACUGGUUCUAAGUACACUGAUUUAAAAAAAAAUGAUCAUCCAUUGAUUUUCUGUACCUGUUAUCAUACACAGGGUCGAGGGGAAUCCGAAGCCUAUCCCAGGGGACCCAGGGCACAAAGUGGGUGACACCCUGGACAGGGUGCCAACCCAACCAAACGCAGGGCACACACUCACAAAUUAUGGACAAUUUAGAAAUGCCAGUCAGCCUACAAGGCAUGUCUUUGGACUGGUGGACCAAACCAGAGUACCCGGAAGAAAGCCCCAAAGCACGGGGAGAAUAUGCAAGCUCUGCACACACAGGGCAGACGUGGGCAUUGAACCGCGACCGUGGAGGUCCCAAUGACCAAAUAAUUCUUUUACAACAUGCAUACAACAUUUUUUUUUUUUGCCUGCGAGAGCUAAAUCAGCUGUACAGUGUAAACCGAACAUAACACAUUACCUGGCACAGAAAUAACAAUUCAGUGUGGAAGUCAAUUCCCCAGCACUGGGAUCUCCUAAGGGAGCUAUCUGACUUUAUUUGCACUUGAAUGAAUGGACUGCCUCUCAUGCUGCAGAUGCUCCUGGCCAGAUCAUGCUGAUUCUGAUGCGUCUCCUCCUCCCAUCCAUCCAUCUCAUUCUGUCCAUCCUUCCACUUCCUCGCACAGAGAGAGAGUGAGUGAGAGAGAGAGAGAGAGAGAGAGAGAGAGAGAGAGAGAGAGAGAGAGAGAGAGAGAGAGAGAGAAUGAAUUUCACCUUGCUUCUUCAUUGAGUCGCAUGUGUGUGCCUGAGCUGCUGGAUGGAUCCUGCAGUAUAACUGAUUUUCUUUCUUUCUUUCUUUUGCCACAUAUUUGGAUUACAAAUGCAUAUGGGGGAAAGAGAUGAUAGGAUGGGAUGCACGUGCGUUUUUUUUUCUUUUCUUUUCUUUUCUUUUUUUUUUUAGCUAGUGCAGCAUAAAUCCGCGCUGUGGAAGAAGUCAGAAAACUAAAGCACGGCAUUAGGAAUGAACUGUGCGCUGCUCAGUGCUCACCAAGGAUGAAGAGAAAUUAAUAUAUUCAUCAAAAAAUUCUGCACGUGGAUGAAGUUGCAUGCUGCGAACAAGUGAAAUCAAGAUAAUGAAGAAGAUGAAGAGAAGUGAUGAACUGGAGGAUUGGAUACACUGAUCUACAGAUGCAUGGAGAGAUCGAUGAAUGGAUACGUGCGUUUUUGUUGUUGCUGGUGUUUUUAUGAGGAUGCAGGUCUUUGCUGAAAUGUUAUUUGAUUUGCAAAACCUCCCUCGACGUGCUUUGUAAUUUUGUUCAAAAGCGCUAAAGGUGGAGCAAUGCAGGGAAUCCGAAUGCGCGCAUGCAGCAUGAAACAGACCUCUCUAACAAAGUGGUGAAUGUGUUUAACUACACAGUGCUCGUUUCUUUCUUUCUUUAUUAUCAUUAUUAUUAUUAUUAGUAGUAGUAGUAGUAGUAUUAUGUACUCUGGCUGGAUUUAUUUCUGUACUUUUUGUUCUAAAAUAAAAGCGCGUUCACCAAGGGGCUGGUGUGCGCGAGACUCCACACCACAGAUUUUUUUUUUCUUUCUUUUUUUUUUUAAUUUUAUAAAUAUCCUUCGUUUCUUUUCUAAUUAUUCCUAUCUAAAUGGAAGUAUUGGAGCUCGAAGGCAGUGGUGAAAGGAGCAGACAUGGUUCAUGGGCGCAGUUUCCUUCAUGUUGUUGCAGGUCUCUUCAUGGUUGGUUUGUCUGUAGCGACAAAAAAAGAAGCAGUGAAAAACAACUCAGGGGUUCAACCAGCAGGACAGUGUGGAACGUGGGUGAAAAAAACAGAGGGAGGACUCUUCACAUCCCCCAAUUACCCCAACAAAUACCCACCAGAGCGAGAGUGCAUUUACGUUAUUGAAGCUCCCCCGAGACAGUGCAUUGAUCUCUUCUUUGACGAGAAGUACUCAAUAGAGCCUUCAUGGGAAUGUAAAUUUGACCACAUCGAAGUGCGUGACGGACCUUUUGGCUUUUCUCCGAUAAUCGGACGCUACUGUGGCCAGCAGAGCCCGCAGUACAUUAGGUCGAGCGGCCGAUACCUCUGGAUAAAGUUUGUAGCAGAUGGUGAACUAGAAGCCAUUGGAUUUUCAGCUAACUACAACUUCACCACAGACCCUGAUUUUAAAGACAUUGGAGUCCCUAAGCCUCUUCCCACAUGUGAGUUUGAGAUGAGUGGACCUGAAGGCAUCAUUGAAUCACAACAGAUUGUCAGAGAUGGUAAAGCUUUACAGACAGAAGCUGUGGACUGCAAGUGGUUCAUCCGAGCUCCUCCUCACUCUAAGAUCUACCUGCGAUUCCUGGACUAUGAGAUGCAGAACUCAAAUGAGUGCAAGCGAAACUUCGUGGCUGUGUACGAUGGCAGCGGCUCUGUUGAGGAUCUGAAGUGUAAAUUUUGCAGCACGGUGGCUAGUGACGUGACAUUGAGAACCGCGCUGGGUGUUGUUCGUAUGUGGGCCGAUGAGCACAGCCGCCGCAGCCGCUUCCGCAUCCUCUACACUACGUUUAAAGAGCCUCCCUGCGAGCCUGACAUGUUCUUCUGUCACAGUAACAUGUGCAUCAACAACUCACUGGUGUGUAAUGGCAUCCAGAAUUGUGUGUAUCCAUGGGACGAAAAUCAUUGCAAAGAGAAAAGAAAAGCGAACAUCCUGGACAACCUGAAUAACACUAACAGCAGCAUCAUUGGUGUGACGUGCUGCAUCGUCCUCAUUCUCCUCGUCAUCUCCGUCACAGUGCAGAUCAAACAGCCACGGAAGAAGUACGUAGUGCAGCGUGACAACUUUCAGGAAGUGUUCCAAGAAACGCCUCGGCGCUAUGACCUUGGUGACAUUGCAGAGCUUACGGACGAUGUUGAGACGACCUUCCAGAAGCGGUGUGUUCAUGAGCACCACUGUGGCCGCGCCAAAACGGCGGCCGUGAUGGAUCCGCAUAAUCACCACCAUCAUUAUCAUCAUCAUCAUCACGAUAACCGGCGCAGCAUCGUGGUCAUGAAGCACAGCUACUCGCAAGAAGACGCAGAGAUGGAGGAUGAGCUGGAUGAGGAGGUGCCAACGACCAGCCAUCGACUGGCCAGACACGACAAAGCAGUGCAGCGGUUCUGCCUCAUUGGGUCUCUAAGCAAACACGAAUCAGAGUACAACACGACUAGGGUGUAGGAGACGAUCAGGAGG